AACUAACGAGAUUGGAAUUUUAUGGCACUAUGGACGCCAUAGUCCGGCACAUUACUACUUAAAAAUGGGACGUUUUUCGGACGUGAAGCCAGUUUUCAAUUCCAGUUAUUUUUUGAUCCAAAUAAAAAAAUUUAAACUCGACGAAUUAUUUAUUACACUGUAAUGGUUAUUAAUUGAUAUUAUCGGCUUGUGCUUUAGAAAGCAAGGUCGAUCUCCAAAACAUAGUUUUAAGACAUACAAAUAAUUAUAGCGUGAACAUGCAUACACCAAAGCGGUACCAUACGAUUAGAAUUGAAGUUUGACUAUAUCUGCCUUUAUAUUCUAUAUAAAAAAUUCAACCGGAAGAUUGACGUUGGCGAUGAUGAACUAUUAAAAAUGUUCUUCUGCUCCAUUUUUAAAUUGAACUUCGUUUUGAAUUUGAAUUUGAGGCCUUGAAAAGAUAUAUACCGUAUUUUGCUCACUCCGGCAGUGUGUGGCUUUGCCAUGCGACUCCACGAAAUUUUUUCAACUCGCUUGUACGUUCUUAGAUUUUGGGAUUGAUGCUUGCAUGAGACUUCCGACUCUCCCGUGACAAAUAUUAGAAAAAUAUAUAAUUCUAUAAGACCUAAUUAGAAGUCGUAUCGUCAUAAUAAAUGUACUCAUAGGUCUAAAGCUCUAAGUGUUUUUAUUAUGAAAGAAAAUAAGACCAAAUUAGUUCGUAGGCUUGUCUUCUUGAACAUUCUACUAAUUAUUUCUGGUGGCAGAUAUGUGGUCUAGUGAAGGUCAAGCUCUAUUUUGUAAACAUGAUAAAAUACUUGCAAAUAGAUAAAGAAAUGAAUAUUUAUAACACGCACGCUAAAACCACGUUUGAGAAUAAAGUCAUAACGAGUUGUGAUUCGUGUCUCUUGUGCGUGAAUUUCAGUUUCUUUGACCGCUUAAGACGACAGAGUACAAUACAAUACUUUAUUAGUUCAUUCUAUAAAGAGUGAAAGCAAACAGGCGACAAAUCUCCUUAUUCAAUUCUGUCAAUUCUACGAAAAAAAUUCCUAGGAGAAAACUAGGGAUAUGGAGGAAAUCUCUCAAGACCAACAGAAAAUUAUUCAGGAAGCGAAAGAUGAUGAUUCAGCACAGGAUAUGGUCCUUGACGCAGUACUAUAUUCAUUCAAAAGUUUUAAACAACCUACAAGUCCAAGGAAUGAGGAGCCACUACUUAGUUACAAACAACAAAAUGUUAGUAUUAUUCCAAGCAAUAGUACUUCAUUAUCAGCCAGUGAUGGAAGUGAGCUGGAAGGCAAGGUGUGUAGGAUCUGUCAUAAUGGAGGUAACGAGGAAAAACUCUUGUCACCAUGUCGAUGUUGCGGGAGCGCGAAGUAUGCCCAUCAAAGCUGCCUGAUGACUUGGUUUGAGAAGAAAAAGAACAAGAUUUGUGAAAUUUGUUUAUAUGAAGUGAAAUUGGUACGAAAGGGAUUUAAAUUUCCUACCAGGUGGAAGCUGCCCGGAACGUCAUGUAACUUCGUCACGUUUCUCUUCAUGUUCUACUGUCUAGUGCUUACAGCAUUCAUUUCAAUGGUACUAUGGGUAGCAUCUAAUGGCUGUACAACAACAGUCUGUGUCGUACUCUACUUCGUCAGCAUUCUCUCUCUCAUUUAUUUUACGUACUGCUGUGGCUUUAUGAAGCAGAUUGUACAUUACUUGACUGACUGUUUGGACAUGAACAGAGAAGUUACCAUCUUGAAUAGAGCAGAAGACUGUAAACCAAUCAGAUCAUCGAUCAUAGAAACUGGAAUAACGAGCUAGCAGGAGUUGAUCCAGGCAUCGGAGCAAGG